AUGAGCAAAUUUUUGUACAUUUUUUUAAUUAUUUCCAUCGCAUCACCCGUUUUUUCGUCAAAUUUUUGCCAAUUAGAGAAAGAAGUUUGUCGAGGAAACCCACAUACGGGAUGUUCGGGUACUGGAUUGCCCACGCCGAAGCCUUCGGAAUGCAAAAACAAGCGAAUUAUUGAAAUUACAUCAGAUUUGAAGCAUCUCCUCCUGAGCGAACACAAUUCGUGGCGAAAUGACUUGGCAUCGGGUCACAUUGGAAAUUUCCCAUCAGCAACGAGGAUGCUCAAAAUGCAUUGGGACGACGAAUUGGCGCUUUUAGCUCAAAAACAUGCGGAUUUUUGUGUUUUUGAGCAUGAUAAUUGUCGUGCAACUGAUAAAUAUCUGAAAUCGGGACAGAAUUUAGCUUUGAAAAUGUAUUCACAUCCGAAGGAGGAUUAUCAUCAAAUGAUCAAGGAAAUGUGCGCGGAAUGGUUUGAAGAGUAUGAGUUGGUGCCAAAGCGUAAAAUUGAAGCUAUUGUGAAGGAAUAUCAACAUCAGUCGAGUUAUGGACAUUUUUUCGUUAUGGCACGCGAAAAAAACGAUGCCGUCGGCUGUGCGUUAGUUUCAAUGGAAAAUACAGAAUUAUCGGCGGCUGUUCCUCAUCAUUUCAUGCUGACUUGCAAUUAUGCCGAGACAAAUAUCAAGAAAUCUGUCGUUUAUGAUCAAGGAAUUGCUGCAACACGUUGCGAUUCAUUCGGAAUUGAGUUUAAACGAGAUAAAAAUGAUUGUACCUCGUUAUGUGAAAGCUCAAAAACGAACGAGGCUUUGUUGGAUAAUAGUACUUUGUGCUACAGAAAAUCGAUGGGAAAUGUAAAUUUUGGCUCCUUAACGACAAUUUUUGUGCUUUCGAUGAUGAAUUUUGCAAAAUAA